AUGGGGAAGCUUGCCAAGGCUGUGAUGAGCAUAUGGGAAUGCUGCGAACUCCUCAACGAGUACGUCGACGAGAGUGAUCCCGAUCUCGACGAGCCGCAGAUCGAACUUCUGCUCCAGACUGCUGAAGCCAUCAGGAGGGACUACCCAAAUGAAGAUUGGCUUCAUCUCACUGCCCUAAUCCAUGAUCUGGGUAAGGUUCUACUGCACCCUGCAUUUGGUGAGGAUCCCCAGUGGUGUGUGGUUGGUGACACAUUCCCACUUGCAUGUGCCUUUAGUGAGUCCAUAGUUCAUCACCAGUUUUUCAAAGAAAAUCCAGACAAUCAAAACCCUAGCCCCAACACCGAGCUGGGUAUCUAUAGUAAGAACUGUGGGUUUGACAAAGUCAAAAUGUCAUGGGGCCACGAUGAGUACAUGUUCUUGGUUGCCAAAGGUAACAACACCACUCUUCCACCAGCUGGCCUCUUCAUUAUCAGAUUCCAUUCUUUCUAUGCACUGCAUCGGGCUGGAGCUUAUACCUACCUGAUGAAUGAUGAGGACAAGGAGGUGCUGAAUUGGCUUCAUGUCUUCAACUAA